AUGACACGCCGAUUUGUUCGCGCGGGCAUACAGCUCGCUAUAUUUGCUUCAUUCGUUUUACUUCUUAUCGUCACAUUAGACAACAAAUUCCGUGUCCUCCCAGCCUCGAUACACGGCCACCUUCCCUCUCAUUAUCCGGGCUUCGUGAUCACCGAUGUGACCGUAGUGACAUGUUCAGUUCUCGGUCUAUUGGGCGGUUGCAAACCUUCGACACCGGGAUGGACACAGGUGGAGAAGGACUUGUAUCUUAACACGGGGUGGACCUCCGCUGCAUACAUUCAGUUCCAGCGGAAGAAGGAAGAGGAGCUCCUUCCAACGGACAAGGUUGUCAUCGACUUGAAAAUCAGCCGACUUGCGCCAGAGUUCCAGGAUGAUCCCAAGGAGGACAAGGUGGAGUGGGAACAGCGUCCUGGCGGGCUCUGGCUGAAGAGGACGGCGAAACGACACGCGAGCGAUUCUCAUAGCGCCAUCACCUCCGUCGAUGUCCUGUUCGGCGCCGAUGCGGUCGACCCGCGAGCUGGCUGGGAAGUUAGGGAUACACCGGUGUUGCUGGAUAGUCGGACAGAAGGUCUGGAAGCCAAGAUCACGGUUCGGAGGGGAGACCCAGUGAAGAUCAAGAAGCCGGUACCGAGGAUCAACGAGAACGGUCGAUUUAAGAUUAUGCAACUGGCGGAUUUACAUCUGAGCACUGGUCUCGGACACUGCCGGGACCCUGUGCCUCCGGAGCUUACCCCCGGCGAGGGAUGUGAGGCGGACCCCCGAACGCUGGACUUUGUGGAGAGGCUUUUGGACGAGGAACAGCCAGACUUGGUCAUUUUGAGCGGAGACCAAGUGAACGGUGAAACAUCUAAAGAUGCACAGAGCCCUCUGUUCAAGUCCGUCAAGAUGCUGGUCGAUCGUAAAAUACCCUAUGCCGCCAUAUUCGGCAACCAUGAUGAUGAGGGUAAUUUGAAUCGCCAACAAUCUAUGGAUAUCCUGGAAGGCCUGCCAUACUCGCUAUCGUCGGCUGGACCCGAAGACGUGGAUGGCGUUGGAAACUAUAUCGUGGAAGUGCUUGGUCGUGGGAAUACCGACCAUUCUGCGCUGACGCUCUAUCUCCUCGACUCGCACUCAUACUCUCCCGAUGAACGCCAGUUCCGGGGCUACGACUGGAUCAAACCCAAUCAGAUCCGUUGGUUCAAGAGCACGGCUCAAGGCCUGAAAGCCAAGCACCAACAGUAUACCUACAUGCACAUGAACAUGGCAUUCAUCCAUAUUCCUUUGCCCGAGUUUGCUCAGAGAGGGAAUUAUUUCCGCGGAAACUGGUCCGAACCCUCCACUGCACCAGGUUUCAACUCCGGAUUCAAGGAUGCCCUCGAGGAAGAAGGAAUACUUUUUGUCGGCUGUGGACACGACCACGCAAACGACUACUGCGCAUUAAGCAAGAAUGAAGCCCAGAAGCCGUCCCUCUGGAUGUGCUACGGAGGAGGUGCGGGCUUCGGCGGGUAUGGCGGCUACGGCGGCUUCAUCCGUCGCGUGCGGUUCUUCGAGUUUGACAUGAAUCCUGGCCGCGUUGUUACGUAUAAGAGGCUGGAGUAUGGCAAUACGGAGGCCAGGAUUGAUGAGAUGAUGAUUGUUGACGGGGGGAUGGUCAAGGGCCCGGAUUGA